AUGAGAGCGCAGCACCGGAGCCGUUUGCGAGGGGAGAGGAGGCUGCCCCCGAGCACGGCUCUGGACCCACGUCUUCCAGGCUACUUUCCCACAAGGGACCCACCCUGCAGCGACACCAUGCUGAAAGGCCCUGCCCGCAUCGUGCCGCAGUGGAAGGACCUCCAGUACCAACUCAGAGAGAGGCUGGAGCUGCAAAAGGGCUUGCCAGAAGGGACCGAAGGGACCCCCUUCCUCCUCAGUGACAGGCCUAGCAUCGUUUUCCGGGAGAGCUGCUUCCCCAGAUACAUGCCGAUCCUCUGCUCUUACACGACGGAGGAGGGGAACUUCUUUGCCUCGUUCACCUGGAGGAGGGCCAAAGGGAGCAAGGUGCGUGUCUGGAGUUACAACAUGGAGGAUGAGACUUCAGUGACAGAGAAACAGUACAGCUUACAUGAGGACCCAGUGGUCCUCACCAUCAUCCAUGUCCCCCAUGUGCACCUCUUUGUGGCCUACUGUGGUGACAUUAACUUUCGCUUCUUCGGUGACCACACUCAGGACUUCAAGCUGCUCUCCAAGAUGACCUCCCCCUAUUCAGUCACCAGCCUGUGUUACAGCCCUGAGACGUGCGAACUGGUUUCUGGUGCCAUUGGUGUGGUGGCUUUUUGGACCUUUUUGACGCUGGAGGUUCCCUAUAUGAGUGUUACACAGGAAAUACGUGUUGCAACUGGUGAGUUUGUGCACUUUCUCAGGGUAGAGCAGGAGCGGAGGAUGCUGGUGGCCUUGUGCGAGAACGUUAUCCGUGUGUAUGACUGCCAAACAAAAGCCCAGAUCCGCACCUUCCAGGUGAGCCAAGGUGUGUCUCUCACCUGCUGUGCUGCCAACUGGCCCCAGAGCAUCCUCUAUACAGGAGACCUGGCUGGGGACAUCAAGGUUUGGAACUUCGACACGGGGACCCACGUCAACCAGUUCAAGGCCCACCUGAGUGCCAUUAGCAGUAUGAUCAUCCGGGCCUCAAUGCACACCCUCAUGACUGCAUCCCUGGACGGAAUGCUGAAGGAGUGGAACCUGACUACCUGUGAGCUUCUCCGGCGGGUGGACAUUGGAGAGGAAGUCUUCCAGAUGCAGUUCCUCAAUGAGCAGACUUUCUUCCUCCGUACCCAGUACACUUUCUCCAUCCGUACAGUCAACAAUUUCUAUCAGCUUUUCAGCAGAAGCAAAUCAAUCCUCAAGAAGUUGGUGCGGGUACAGUGUGGGCCAGACAAGGCCCGCAUCCUGGCCACCACUGAAGAUGGAAUCAUCCAAUUCUUAUCCCCUGUUACAGGAGAAAUGCUGUUUGUUACCUGGCCCUUCCAGCUUCUAGAAAAAGCACUGGACUAUGUUUAUGACCCAGAUCGGGAGGAACUAUUGGUGACAAUGGGCACGACUGACAUCUAUGUGUUGGAUACCACCAAGAACCCUUGCCCAGCCAAGUACAUCUUGCGCACCACAGAGAGAGCGGAUGACAAGGUUCUGUGCUUGGCCUACAGCCGCCUGGACCUGGAAGGCCGUGCCACCAGUUUCAUCUUCAGUGGGUUCAAAAGUGGUAAGGUGCGCUCUGUCACCCAGCAUCUGUAUCGUAUGGGAGGUCGCAAAAUCCAUGAUGGCAACGUGGUGGCCCUCAGCAGCCUUUCAGGCUCUGGGAACCUGUCGUAUAAUUCAAGGGAAUCCUCCUACCUCUGCUCCUACGGACUUGAUGAAUAUAUCAUCCUCUCAGAAGUGAUCUUAAAGAAGAACAGCCUCCUGGAGGUGGUCCCUUUGGUUGUCAUUCCCAGCACCAACUGCCGGAUCAACAUCCUCUUGCUCAUCCCCGGGUACAUCUGUGUCUUGACAGAGCAGAAUCGAGUCCGGCUAUGGCGCCAGGCAGCCCUAGUUCCUGGUGAGAAGAACCCCUUCUGGAAGGAGACCGCGGCCAUGCAUUCGAGCACCAUCACCUCUUUCGACUACUGCCACACGCUUAGCAUAUUGGUGACUGGUGGCUCGGACGGCUCUGUGCGCAUUUGGGACAUCCUGGGAAAAAUGUUGGUGGAGUUUGACACCACCCUCAAAUUCAGCCGAGUCUGCUUUGCCAACCAGCGGGGGGACUUGAUGGUCGGCUGCAACAUGAAUGUCUAUUUCAUCUCAUGUGUUACGUACCUGCCAAGGAAGCAUCUCACCGUGCUGUUGACCUGCUCUGUAAGGGAUGAUGUGGUUGAAUACCCACUUCCCUUCCUUCCCCGCUUCCUCCUUACCUUUGAUGUCGUUUUUGUGCCCAAGUACCGCCAGGUGGGCAAGCAGGCCAAGAAGUACGAGCGGCUGGAGCCGAUAACCAACCGCAAGGAGGUGGUGAUCGAAAAGAACGUGGCCAAAGUGGUGGAGUUCAUUGGCAAGGGCACGAGCAUCCCUCCAGGCCCCAACUUCUACGAGCCGCCCUCGCUGCCCCUGAAGGAGAUGCCGCCAGAGUUCGCAGUGGAGUACCAGCUCCUCCCACAGCCCAGUCUCAGGCCUUCUUUGGAGAAGAAACUUGUUCCACCGCCGCCUUACCGUGGCCUCCCGCGACUGGUGGAGCACGUCCCCCUGCUCCAGACACUAUGCUUCCGGGAGGGGCACUCCUGGCCAAUCGCUCCUGAUGGCUACAUCCCAAAUUCAGUUAUCCGGGCUCAGUUGUUUCCCAAAGGGACUCCCGCAGAUCUCUGGUGUCCCUUGCUGUCUAGCAGGGACCCUUUGCCAAAGAGGAAGAUGGUGAAGAUCCAGAUGCAAGAGUGGGAUAAAUCUGAGGUGGUUCAGAAAGCUUGGAAGAAAAAGGCCCAGAAGACGAGGGAAACCCCUUCGGCAACCAAGCGCCACCAGGACCUGCUGGCAGAGAUUGUGACCAAGCCCUGGCUGAGGCACAAGCCCAGCGACACCAGCCUGCCCGGCGUCAUGAAGGCCAUUUUAAACCUCAUGGAUGAUGUGCCCUAUUCAACGUACUUGCUGUGUACCUCUGCUCUCGUCCAGAUUUCGGAGUCUUACACAUUGCCAACCUCCAUACAGGAAGUGGCCUUUGAGCGCCUCAUCCAGGACACAAAUCACAAAGAGGUGAGGAUGAGACUGGCAGCCUGGGAGGCCUUGGGGAAGAUGGACCUCUUGACUGAACAAGAGGUCGCACCACUGGCUCGGGCCCUGCUGGAUGAGAACAAGAAAGUGCGUGAUCUGGCCCGCUUCUUGCUCGACUCGGUGGCUGGCAUCACUGACAAAUUUGUCCUGAAAAAGGAAAUGCAGCGACUGGCAAGAGCCAGCUUGGGAGACUUGACCGAGCUGAGCCGGAAAGAAAAGGAUGCCUUCCCUCGCAGGGUGCGGGUCGCUGGCAUCGUAGCAGAGUCAAAGGAUGAAGCUGUGUAUGCCUUGACGGAAGGCGCGGAGAGGCUGAUGGCCUGUGUAGAGAAUCAUCUGACAGCCAAUCUGUUCCUCAUGACCGAGUGCCCUCCUCCAGAAGCCCAGCUCGUGGGAUACCCUCCCCCUUCCCGGCGCAGGCGCAUCUCGGAAAAACUGCUGGAGGAGUACAGAGAGCCAGAAGGCCCAGCAGCACCCCAGGCCCGGUGGCUAGGGCUCUUUGACCAGUCUCCGAAGAAAGGGGCCGAGGCCAAGCAGCCCGCCCAGCAGAAGCUCCCCCGCAUCCAGCAGGCCCGAGGGAAGGGGCUCGCCAUCCUCCAGCCCACCGAAGCGAUCUUCCCGGAGAGCAGCAGCAGCAGCAGCAGCAGCAGCAGCAGCCGCCCCAGCCAGGGCACCACCAGCAGCAGCGCCUCCCCCGCUGUCAGCAGCAUCAGCAGCGGCUCCACGUGGCGCAGCAAGAGAGACCUCCGCAGGAAGCCCAAGGUCCCAGCCAUGCCCUCCCAAGAGGCCCGCAGGCUCAGGAAGGUGCGCGAGCAGCCCCAGCCGCUCCUCCUGCAGCGCCGCAACACCCGCACGCAGCUGUACACUGAGAUGCUGAAGAGCUCCAAGAGCCGCAAGGAGCAGGCGGCGGCGACGCCGGAGGAGGCCAAGGCGGUGAGCAGCCUCGUGCAGGCCAAGCUCAGCCAGCCUGAGCCGCCCGCGCUAGCCCCAGCGGCCUCCGCCAAGGGCAGCCUCAUCGACCCAAACCAGCAGUAUGCGGCAGACAAGUCCAAGUGGCGCAGCGACCUCUACAAGCUCAUGAUGCUGCGCAUUGCCCCCGUGGUCGAAGGGUGCACCGCGGCGGAGGACUUUCUGGCCUCCGCCCGGGUGGCCCUGGCCGGCCGGACCCUGUCCUGGGAGGCCUUGACCCACCUUGGCAAGGCCCUGCUCGGCUCCCAGGAGAGUGGAGCAGAGACCUCCAGCUGGAGGAAGUACAUGGGCGACCUGCUGAAGGCUUCGCUGCGGGAGUCGUGGCUCCAGUCGUCCGUGGAGAGCCUGGAGACUGUCGUGGCCGUGCGGACGGCCACAGAGUCGCCCAGUGGCUCGGAGACGGAUCUUCUGAGCCCCGACCUCGGCCAGGAGGAGGGGGGGGAGCAGGAGGGGGAGGGGGAGGAAGCCGAGGAGGGAAGGGCGGAGGAGGAGGAGGAGGCAGAGAAGGAGAGGAGGCCCAGGCGGCCCAGGCGGCCCGCAGCCAGGGCGGGCAGGGUGCCCAGAGAGGCCUCUGAGAAGGAGAUGAGGCAGAUGGCUAAGUGGGCCGAGCAGUGGGCAGCAAGAAUGGAUGAGUUAGCCAAAAGGGAGGAGCAGGACUUGGUGGCCACCACCUUCGGCACUCAAGAGCGGGAGCUCCCCCGAAGCAGAGAGCGGCUGCCGGCCAGGGGAAAAGAAGGGGGGCCCGCCCGCUCGGGCAAAGAAUGGGAGCACCCCCGAGGCAAAGUGCGAGAGCCCGGCAGGCCGAGAGAACUGGAGGUGGCAGCAGAAAGGAGGGAGAAAGAAGCGGCCCAGAGGAAGGGUGGCCGCCGCACUGGCAAAGAGGAGGAGAGGGCCCUCCUGACGGACUCAGAGCAGGCGCUGGCGGCGCAGCUGUCGGAGGACACGCUGGCCUCUGUGCGGGCGGAAGGCAAGGCCUGGAUGCUCAGGGAGCUGAAGGCCAGGGCCCUGGUGGAAGCCAAGCAGGCUGCCCUGGAAGAGGCCAAGGAGAGGGCCCUGGCUGAGGCCCGCCAGAUAGCCCUGGCCGAGGCCCGGAAGAAGGCCCUGGCCGAGGCAUGGGAGAAGGCGGAGGUCCACCAGACGGCGCUGGCAGAGGUGAUGCAGAGGGCCCUGGAGGAGGCCCGAGAAAGGGUCCGGGCCGAGGGGCUCGAGGGGGAGAUGGCAGAGGAGAGGGUGCGGGAGCUGGCCUGGGCGAUAGCCGAGGAGCUGGCUAAGGAGGGGGCCGAGGAGCUGGCCCUGCUAGCCAGCGUGGAACCAGACGAGGCGAGAGUGUUGGAGCUGGCCGAGGAAGAGGCCCUAGAAAUAGACGAGGCGAGGGCCGAGGAGCUGGCAGAAGCAGCGAUGCUUGAGGUGCCGGAGGAAAGGAUCGCGGAGCUGGCUGAGGUGAGGGCCCAGCUCCUGGCCCAGGCAAAACUGAUGGAGAAGGAGCUGGAGCUGGAGGAAGAGAACUGGGCAGAGCGAAGAAGGGCCUUUUUCCUCGGCAAGGAGGCUCGGGGCUCCCUGGAAGCCCUCGAGGAGGAGGAGGAGGAUGACAGCUUCUGCCUCCUCUCUGAGGAUGAGAGGGAGGCACUGGUGGCCACGUGGGAAAUGGACCUGGCUCCAGAGCCGGAAGCCAGUCUGGCCGACCGUGCCCAGCUGCUCCUGGAGGUCCUGACCAAGCCGGAAAAGCUGCAGGGGAAGGACUCCUCCACCUUCCAGCAGCUCUUCCGAGUGGUGUCCCUGCUCUGGGUCCCCUCGACGACGGCCAUCCAGGACGUGGCCGACGCUCUGCUCGAGAAAGCUGAGGAGCUGCUGCGGGAAGCCGAGGAAAGGCAGGAGUCCCUGUCCAAGGAAGAGCUGUCCAUGUUUGCACAUCUCAAGGAGGCGGUGACGGCCCACAAGCCCUGGAGCGCCAGCCCCAAGCAGUUCGCUGUCCAGAUGAAGAAGCUGCUGAAGUCCACCCUGACCGUGCUGCGGGCCAGGAACCUGCAGAGAAGGCUGGCUGGCAUUGCCUGGCGGCAGGUGUGGCAGCAGAAGGCCGAGAAGGAGUGGCGCCAGGACGAAGUCCAGGGCCCAGGCCGGCGGGCCUGGCUGAGCAGGAAGUUCCGGCAGGCCUUUGGGAAGGCUCAGGCAGAGCAGGAAAGGCCCCGGCAGGAACAAUAUGAACAGCAGCGCAGGGAGAGAUGCCUCAAGUUCAGAUCGCGGCCCAUCGUGCUGGGCUUCCCUGAGGGGGCAGGCCAGAAGGAGAGAGGAAAGGAGGGGGGGCUGGACAAGAAGGUGGAGGAGGAGGAGUGGGAGAAGGAGGAGGGGGGGGAGGGCAGGGGGGAAGGCAGGAAGUUCGCGGGAAAGGAGAAGGCAAGGCGGGACGGUGGGAAGCUGACCUGGUCCAUGGGCCAGCGAUGGGAGAAGGCCUGGCAUGCCAUACUGCAGAUGGAGGAGGACCUGACCCAGGCUUUGGCAGCCCCCCGGCCCAAGCAGUACCGCCUGCCCAAAGACUCUCUGUACAAGACCACCAGGCCCACCCUGCGUCUCCACCGGAGGCUGCUCCGGCGAGGAGGCCGGCAGCACAUCUUCCGCCUGGACGAGGGCAAGGGGGUGGACUGGGAGAAGUUCAUGGAGCUCUACCAGUCCCUCGUGUCCAUGAAGGAAGAGGGCAUGGAGCCAGCCGCUUGGCAGGAACAGGCUUCCAAGCUGCUCGACCUCUACGACGUGCGGAACCCGCUGAUCCGGACCAUGAUCCAGCAGCUCCUGGUGGGCGACCGUCACCAGAGCAAAUACGUCACAAGCAACCGCCUGAAACUGAAGGCGGCGCAGGCCCACCUGGGCCAGAGGAUCCUCUACGAGAUGAUUGUCCACUCUGCUCGACUUCAGCCUCCGCAACCUUCCUUCCACCAUGUCAUCCCCCUCAGCUACCAAAACAACGUGCACCCCCUCAAGGUGCAAGGAGUUGCCCACUUUGGCCCUCUGUACCUCAAGUGGAAGACGUUCUUCUCCAAGGGGAAGCUGCCCAAGCUGAGUCUGUACGUGUAUUCGCAUCCGUUAGCCUUCUCAUCCAGAAACAGAUGCUGAUGUCUGCACGGAUCCCUC